AUGUCUGCGGAGGCUACCGGUAACGCACAGGCGCCGGUGCUGGUGAAGGAAGAUGAUCCAGGGGUGGGUGGCGUCGACACAAAAAUAAAGGAUGAAUCCGAACCCUCCUCAGAACCCUCAUCAGGAUCCGAGCUGGGGGAGGCCGAAUCCGGCACCAUCGAUGAGAAGGCGCUGCUCCGCAAGCUCGACUGGCGACUACUGCCCGCCGUCGGUGUACCCUGCAACAUUAUCUUAAAGAGAACCACGCCUCGGUUUUGGCUGCCCACCCUGACCGUCCUGUGGGGUGUCGUGGCAACCCUGAUGGGUAUCGUUCAGAACCUGACAGGCUUUUUCAUCGCCCGGUUCUUCCUCGGUGUGACCGAGUCCGGGCUCUUUCCCGGAGUGGUGUACUACUUCUCGAUGUGGUAUCAGAGACGUGAGAGACAGUUCCGCAUCUCUUUGUUUUUCGGGGUUGCCGCACUGGCAGGCUCCUUCGGAGGCAUCUUGGCCUACGGAAUUGGGCACAUGGCUGGCGUUGUGUGGGAGAAUGGCUGGCGUUGGAUUUUCAUUCUCGAAGGUAUCGCCACCGUGCUAGUGGCCAUUGCGGCAUACUGGUUCAUCCACAACUACCCCGAGACUGCCGAGUUCCUCUCGGAAAAAGAGCGCACUUUCAUCCGCAACCGCUUGUCAUCGGACAGUGACGCGACCCGCGACGAGCGUUUCACGUGGGAGAACGUCCUUAAAGCUUUGCGUGACCCAAAGAGCUGGUUGUACGGGCUCAGCUUCCACGGCAUGAGCCUGCCACUGUAUACAUUCUCGCUCUUUUUGCCCACAAUCAUCAAGGAUCUCGGCUACGAAGCCGCCAACGCGCAGCUCCUGACGAUCCCCCCGUAUGCCUUCGCCUUUCUCACCACCAUCGGCGUGGCGAUACUCUCUGAGAGAACGGGCCACCGGGCCAUCCCCAUCAUCGGAUCGGCACUCUUCGCCAUCAUCGGGUACAUCAUCCUCCUGACGAACUCAGACCCCUCCAGCCGGCCGGGCGUCUCGUACCUAGGCACCUUCUUCGCCGCGGGCGGCAUCUACCCGGCGACGGCCCUCGCGCUGUCGUGGCCGGCCAUCAACGUCUCGGGCCAGACCAAGCGGGCGGUUGCCAACGCGAUGCAGAUCAGCAUCGGAAACUGCGGCGCCGUGAUCGGGACCCAGCUGUAUCGAUCCGGCGACGGCCCGCGAUACUUUGUCGGCCACAGCUUUGCUCUCGGCUACCUGGUGGCCGAGAUCGUCGUCUCGGUGGUGUUGUAUUACUUGCUGAAGAGGGAGAACGAGAGGCGAGAGGCCAUCACGCCCGAAGUCCAGGCAGUGGGAGAGUUGGACGAUUGGAGCGGCGAUGAAGACCCGAGGUGGAGGUUUCAGUACUAGACGGGUUCCAGUCAACCAUCAUUAAGGGCUAAUUAGGUACUGUUGGCUGUAGAGUGGCGAUUUGGAACCCCGUAAAAUAAAAAGCUAGCCUUGUUUGACCAUCCAGCGUCGUUCUUGAUGCCCUUUUUUUUAGCACUUUCUUUGUUCGUUUCUUCCCGACUCCCGCCUGAUACAAGCCGGGCCCCCUUCUCGCCGUUUUUUGCGAUGCGGCGAUCACACGAUAGCCGGGUUCUGAAGCUCGACAUUUCAUGCAGAUGGAUGCCGAUCGUGCCCGACGCUCCGGACCGCGGCUUAUCCCCCUGGCGGCUCCCAUGGGGAAGAUCGGCGGUUAUCGCGCAAUGAACCGGGGAGUGGUCCAGGGCCUUAACGUAGUGGAUACCCUCCUCGAACGGGUAGGGUGUUCGCAAGCAACAAUUCGCACGUAAAUGCACCAGAAACAGCAACAUC